CGGCCGGGGAAUUGGAAACCGAAAGCCUUUGCUGCGUUUGAAAACCGAAUCUUCCAGCACGUGAUGCAAACAAGAGGGCGGAGCUAAGAGGAAUUCAACUGUUUAAAACCCAGAGGCGAAUAGCGGACAGGGCAGAGAGAAGGACCUGAAACAGCGCACCUGAACUGAACUGGGAGCAGAAAAACUAAGAGAGAGAACAAUACAACCCGCCGUCAAUAUUACAUUACCGCACGAGAGACAACACCGUCUAACUCUAAGCGCUUAUCCUCGAAGUGAAGAUGCAGAUUAAAGUCACGACCUUGACGGGGACUUGUUAUCCCGUGGAAAUGGAUCCCAGCGCCACAGUGGGGCAGCUGAAGCAGGAGAUCGAGCGUCGGGUCAGUGUUCCAGCGUUCCGGCAGAAACUGGCGAUGCAGAAGAACGGGCGCAAAGAGCUGGAAGACGAGGGGAGGCGGCUGAGCGAGUGCGGGCUGGAGCACGGAGACACCGUGCUGGUGCUGGUCACCGAGCCAAAGUCCAUGCAAGUCUUCUUGCAGAAUGACAAGAGCAAGACGCAUACAUACGAGAUCUUCCCGGGGGAGACGGUCACCGAGUUCCGGCAGAAGGUUUAUCGGGUGGAAAAGGUUCCACCGGAGCAACAGGUGCUCCUCUAUGAAUCCAAGCCGCUUCAAGACGGCAGGAAAUUGGAGGAUUAUAACAUCAGGCCCCAUACUACCAUCACCUUGAACCUGCGUCUGAGAGGAGGCUAAGUGCAGCGUUGCGUCCAGUGCCUUCCAGAGAUGCUUAUCAUCUUUGAAUUACACCAUGGACCUGAUAUAUAUACAAGUUUAUGACAUUUUUGUUUUGUUGUUUCAUUUAAGUUAUUAUUUGUGUAUUAAAAUACUUGCUGCAUUCCCUAAGCUAAGGGGUUAUAUAACGUGGUUGGCAUCCCCCAGCACAAACGUUAAAGACCACCUUUCUUGCACUUACUUGUGAAUGCUUGCUAGUUUGCACAAUGCCAUUGGCCGGGCUGGCAUCCCGUUUCCUUUUCUGUCCUUUUCUGAGAGAUUCAGCUGAUCAGGGCCAUGCAGCUCUCCAGUUGCAGUGAUUCUGUGAAAAUGUGGUGCAUCUGCUGGGUGUCAAGGAUCGUAACACCUGUCUGUAACAGCUAAUGUGUCCCUGUUUUAAAAAUGAUAUAUUUUGAGUGUGUAACGUUUUACUUUUGUAUAGAUUUGCAAUGAAAUAAAAAUGUAUAAAAAAAGUGAAU